UCCCCUUGGUCGGACGGAUCAAACUUUGUCAUUGGAAAGCUAAACAGAAAUCUGCAAACAUUCUUUUGAGAUUCCUCACGACAUCUUUCAUUGCCAGUCGCAAACAUUGCGUUUGUUGUUUGGUCAGAGCUCGCCACUUAUCCGACGCUCGCUCAUUCCCGCCAGCCUGUAAUUUCGCUAGUAGCUCCCGUCUACGCAAACAAGAGAUCGGAUUGAACGCAUGAUAACGUCUAUCUAGCCUCCUCCCACACGUCACGCCGCUGAGAGGUGACUUAGCGGCAUCAUCAAACACGCUUAGUGCAUAAAGCCAAUGGGGGACGUGGUGGCUGAGCAGCCUCAGAGCCUCACGACUCCAGCCGAGGAGGUCAUACCGGGCUGUCCUAAGGGUCUGGAGCACUUGGCCGUGGCGGAGAAGGUGAUCAUCAAACAGGAGCUGGAAAUGCUGGAGGCGCUGACCGGCUACGAGACCGCUAACCGGUACGUCAUUACCAACGAACAGGGGCAGCAGAUCUACUGCGCUGCCGAACAGAGCGAUUGUCUCGCGCGUGUCUGCUGCCGCCAGAACCGCGCCUUCGACAUGCGCAUCGUGGACAACUCUGGCGUGGAGGUGUUCCACUUGCUGCGGCCGUUCCGCUGCGGCGGCUGCUGCUGCUCGCCCUGCUGCCUGCAGCGGUUAGAGGUGUCGCGCGGCGGCCAGCUGCUCGGCCUGGUGACACAAGACGGCCGGCUCUGCUCCACCAGCUUCAGUGUUCGCUCGGCGACCGGCGACACCCAGCUGAAGAUCACCCGCGCCUGCUGCACCUGCCGCUGCUGCGGCGAGCGCAAGUUCAAGAUCAAGUCGGCCGACGGGAAGCACGACGUGGGGACGCUGGGCAAGUGGUGGGGCGGCUUGGUGCGAGAGAUGUUCACGGACAGCGACAAGUUCUGCGUGCAGUUCCCCCGAGACAUGGACGUCACGGUCAAGGCGACAGUUGUUGGGGCGGUCUUCCUUAUCGACUUCAUGGCGUUCGAGGACAAUAAUGCGUAG